UUUUGUUGUUUUAUUCUGUUCAUUAAAGCUUCUGCCGAAAGUGCGUCCCCGUCGAACAGUUUCCUGAAAACCGUAGACGAAGUCGAAAAAUCAGUGUAUGAAAGCCAGGCUCUUGAGUCAUUUUAUGUACAAUCACCAGCCAGACUGAAGAAGAUUGAAAAGAUCAUCAAACUAGCUGCCAAUCAGAGCAACGAUCAAUCUUUCAUCCGCCAGUCUCUUGGGCAUGCGCUUUACACCGCCAGGGAGAUAGAGAAAAAGAAGCCUCGUAAGAAGCGCUGUAGCUUGUGUAGAGAUGCAAUGAAAAAGUUCAUGAAAAUGAUUGAAAGGGAGAUCGGCAAAGAAAAGUUUCAGAAGUUUGUUGGGACAAAGAACUUGGAUAGAACUACGCUGAUGUUUGCUAUUGAUGACACAGGGAGUAUGUCUGAUGAAAUUCAAGCAGCAAAGGACAUCGCUUCACACAUUGUUAACAUCCCGAGACCAAAUUUAGAAGUGGAUUACAUCUUGUCACCUUUCAAUGAUCCAGGUAUGGAGGCUGUGUGUUAAUUAUAAGUGGAUACUUGUAUGUAAAUUUGCCACACUUUUUUACUACUUUUGGUAACACCAAGUUACUUAAAACUGCUCCCCCCAAUAACCCGACCCUCUGCUUUGCUGGUUUUGGAAAUCAAGAUCAAGUUCUUUCUAGUGAACUCUUGAGAAUGCAGACUUUUCGGUCAGCAGUUGACCAACACAUUUUUGAAGGAGCUGUUCUUCACAGUUAAGGCCAUUUGCGUCAUGGAAUCAUUCGACUUCAACCACAAGAAUAUACUGCAUUUUUCCUUUUGAAUGAUUCUGAUGGUAACUUUUCUAUAGUAACAGCGAAAUUGUAGGGAUUUUGGAGAAAAACAUUUAUUAUAAAAUGCGAGCCAAUUUUAGACUACUGAAUGUGACUGAAAUUUCAAUACUAUGUCUUAAAAUCUUCAGAAAAAGGGAAGGUUUUUAGAAAGAGCGCUGGAAAUGAAAGCGGGAAAGAGUUUAUUGCAAAAAUUAACGAACUUCGUGCACAUGGUGGAGGUGACUGCCCUGAGAUGGCCUUUAAAGGAAUUAUCGAAGCCUUGAAUGCUGGCCCUGAAAAUGACUCUCCCCUGUACAUUUUCACUGAUGCACCACCUAAAGAUGCCACAUCAGAGAACAUCGAGGUGGCGAGAAACCAUGCGAAACUAGCGGGUAUAAAUGUCUACUUUUUUGCAACAAGAGAUCGACGCUGUGGUGACCCAUCGUCUGUCAAGCCAUUUGAGGACCUUGCAAGGGACACUUGUGGUCAAGUUUUUUCGCUGCCUAAGAAUCGCGCUGAUAUCGCCAGGAUGAAGAAAGUAGCCAAAGAUCUUCUUGGUGGUACAACCUGUGCUGGAGGUCUUGGAAGUUUCUUCAGAAAGAAGCGAAGUGCUUCCCCUUCUGUACACAUAUUGCUCGUGGAUGACACCAUGGAGAAAAUUAUUGUUUCGGUUUCCAGUGAGAACAGUGGUGCAGAUAUCAACCUAAAAGAUCCCCUGGGAAGUUUUGUCACCUCUGGGAAGAGCGUGCUGUCCAAAGUGACAAUAUUUGAUGUAAAGAACCCAACACCAGGAAUCUGGCAAUUGGUGGUGUCGCCGAAGGCGGGAAAGUACACAUAUUUGUUGAAAGGUUCUAGCAAGACAAAUGUGGUGUUCGACUUCAUCUUUGUCAUCCCACGUCGAUCAGGGACACCCUUCCCAAUUCGCUAUCCCUUGAAGGGUAAGUUUUUUUUCUUAUUUGUUAACUCUCCCUAGAGAAGGUGGUGAUUUGGACCACUAAAAAGGUGCAAAUAGUGAGAUAGUUGACGGUUGAGGUUUUUGAAUGGUAUCAAGAACAUAGCCUUAGGCCAGCGGUAGGCCAGGGCUUAUAAUUCACCUGUUUGGGACUUUUUAUUCGUGAAAAUAAAAAAACAACAACAACAAGAACAAAACAAAAGUGUUUUUUAAUGUAUAAUAGUGUCCAGUAAGAAGCUUACCUCAACUUAUUAACCAAUUUACGUUUUGGGAACGUAAAAUGUAUACAUAUUGACAACAAACCCUCUAGUUGCCCUCAUAGCUCUUCAUACACUAAAAACAAUUUGAGGAUCUCUAUAUCGCAAAGCAAAAUGUAUAAUAAUGAAGAAAAAUACUAUUUGGUUAUUGAAGGAAAGAAGUCACAACAUUUUUACAGAGUUAUAGAUUUAUAUACGGGUAGUAUUUUUCUCGAUACUUUUUUUCUGCUUGUGAUAUAGUUCGGUUCGCAGGCAUGUGCAUCAUUGUCGUGCGUCCUCCCUGCUGAGGUGAGAAUUCCUGGCAGAAGGCAGAACUGCAGCCUGUGCUCAUUUUGUAGUCGUAAACAAAGGUACUCGACAGUUCUACCUGAGCUCUGAAGCAAAAUAGCUCAUAUAUUCCCAUAUCAUUUAUUUUUGAAUCGGGAGCAGCGCACCGCGGUUAAAAACGAUGCAAACUGGCAUUGCAGUACUGAUUGACACAAACAUUUAUUCUAUCCCAUUGUAAGAGAAUCUGGAUUCCGGAAUCCGCGGAAAUUUUUGCUAGUGGAAUCGGAAAUCCGGGGAAAUUCUGCUUGUGGAAUAAUAAUAAUAAUAAUAAUAAUAAUCCAUUUAUAUGGCGCCUUUUCUACAAGAUUCAAAGGCGCUGUUUACAAAAAUUAGAUAAAACUAAAAAGUAAAAAUAAUCACAAGAAAUUGACAUUAAAACUAGACGCUAACUACAAAAUAGAUAAAUGUACACAAUAGAUAAAAAAUCCAACAAAUAAAAACAUCACGAUUCAUAAGCUCGCAUAAAAAGAAAUGUUUUAAGUUGGCGUUUAAAAUCAUCAAUUGAGUUUGCAGAUUUAAUAUCCUCAGGUAAGUUAUUCCAAAGUUCCGUAGCAGCAACAGAAAAAGCUCGUUUACCAUACGAAUUGAGAUUAAAAUAGUGUUUAACUAAUAAAUUUCUAUUAGAGGGUCUAAGAUUGCGGCUGGGUGUAUACAAUUAAAGGAGUUCCUGUAUAUAGAUUGGAGCUCGAUCAUGUAGUACUUUGUAAGUAAUUAAUCCUGGGCUUUGGAAUCCGAAAUACAGUAAAAACCCACGAGUAAGAACCUAAGAUUUAAGAACCUGUUAGGCUAAAAAUUGCAAUUUAGACCCCCUCUAUAUAAGAACCUCUUUAGCCUAAAUUUGGAGAAAGGUUCUUAUUUUCAAAAAUCAUUUUAAAAUAUUUACUAAUUGCAAUUGCAAAAGGCAAGUUAAUACAUAUAUAAAUGUUGUUUGAUUGAGGUCAUUGAGAAGAUGUUUAUAAUAUUGUGUUUAAUUUACAGCUCAAUCAUGUAUACAAAGUUGUUUUGACUCAAGAAAUUAAAAUUCAUGUGAGAAGAGAUCUCUAUUAUGGUCAUAUUAAAAUAUAAGCAAUCAUUAGGUAUGCAAAUGUAAGGGUGCUGAUCACUAAAAUCUUUUUAGCAACGACAUAAUUUUUUGCAAGAAAUUAAGAACCUAUUAAGAACCUAGAUAGCCUAAAUUUAUGUUAACCACCAUUUAUGUAAGAACCUGUUUAGGCUAACCAUGGAAAAUGUAGGUUCUUACUCGUGGGUUUUUACUGUACAGCUCAAGGAAUCCGGAAUUCCACUAAGAGUGGAACAGAAUCCAAGUUCUACUGACAAAAGACUGUAAUACCUAGAAUCCCAAAUCCAAGGCGUGGAAUCUUGAAUCCAAGACUAUGUUGGAUUCCCUUACAUGGGACGAAGUUAUCAAAACAAGAUCAAUCUUAAUCAUUUUUCAGGGAAAACUGCCCACGUCAUUCUGAUAGUACACGGAGCUGAAAAGUUGCAGCCCAGUUCACUAAGCCUGAACAUCCUAGGCACCGAUGGAAGGCCUCUCCACACAACCUCUCUCAGACAAGUUGGAGGGGAUGGUGUUCGUUUCUCAGCCUCUUUUCCUACUCCCACGGAAGCCUUCAAUAUGCAGCUAAAAGGGAAGACGAAGAAAAACUUCCAGUUUGAACGCAACUCUCAAAGCACUGUGGAACCAAAGCAUGUAGUUGUCAAACUCAUGUACGCCCGAAAUGAGUUCACUGCGCCAAAAUCCAGCUAUGAAUUCGCUAUGUUCUUUAUCUUAAACUCCGGGGCUACUGAAAAGUUCAAAUUUCAAAUCAAAGAAACUGUCAACUUCAAGGCCAACUACUCAGCCUCGCUGAUCACUGUUUACCAGAACCGCCACGCCGUCGUCCGCGUCCGUUUCAUUGCUAAAAGUUCGGCUGUCCCCGGAAGCGUUGAUCAGUUGUUUGUCACUGUGACCGGAGAAACUUCGAACGUCACUGCCAGGAACAUCGUGAGCUUGAUGGUUGGCCCUUGA